AAAUUGUUUCCACAAACACUGUAAAAAGACUAGUUACCAAGUUUGAUUUUCACUUUGGAAAGUGUGCUUCCAAGUUUCAACUGCAAUGGAGCUGUCUCUGGUUUGUGUAUGGAGCAACAGUGACAGUGAAAGAGUCUUAUAACACAAUAUAAGUGUAAGUGCAAGAUUAACAAACACCUUUUUCCCUUAUCAUUAACUCUCAACUAAUUUUCUAUCUUUUUAUCGAUUUGUAUUCCAUUAUCCCUCCAUUUAUUUCCCACCAAAUCCUAAGAGAGAGAAAAUAGAGCAAUUAAAAAAAUCAAUAAAAAGAGGAAAGAGUUAAUGAUUCUCACGUCCCACUACUUUUCUUGAAUCCAACUCUUCUACCUUUCUCAAAAUCUCUCUGUUCCUUUCAGCAACAACAACAACAGCAAUACCAAAUCUUGUUUUGUUUUCUUGAAGGAAAAAGACCCUUAAAAAUCAUUAUUUUUUAGCUUUCUUGUUUCUUGAAGCAAAAAAGAUCCAUAAAAAACAAAUCUUUUUUUAGUUAUUUUUUAAUAAUUCCAUUAAAAAAACCAAUUAAACAAUCUUUUUCAUUGCCAGCCAUGACUGAGGUUCUUCAUUCUCCUUCUCAUUUCCCUUCUUCUCCAAGCACUACUCAAUCUUCUUCUAAUUCUUCCUUAUCCUGUGCACCCCCUUCUUCUUUUAGACAAAGUAGUUACGUUGGCGCUGGUGGUCAGGAGGAGGAUGGUGGUUUUAUGGUGAGUGAGUGUGACCCUGACGAGGAUUUUGUGAAAGAAAGUGAAAAGAAUCAAAGGGAACAGCUUUCUUUAUUGGCACUUCUUGUUACUAUUUUUAGGAAAUCUUUGGCUGCUUGUAAGAGUGAUAGAAGGGAGCUUUGCGCUAUGGAGAUCGGUUGGCCAUCCAAUGUGCGCCACGUUGCUCAUGUUACUUUUGAUAGAUUUAAUGGCUUCUUGGGUUUGCCUGUGGAGUUUGAGCCUGAAGUGCCUAGGAGAGCUCCUAGUGCUAGUGCAACUGUGUUUGGAGUUUCGACAGAAUCCAUGCAGUUGUCAUAUGAUUCCAGAGGGAACAGUGUGCCAACAAUACUCUUGCUAAUGCAAAGACACUUGUAUUCACAAGGAGGCUUGCAGGCUGAAGGGAUUUUCAGAAUUAAUGCAGAAAAUAGUCAGGAGGAGUAUGUGAGGGAUCAAUUGAAUAGAGGAGUGAUACCAGAUGGCAUUGAUAUACAUUGUUUGGCAGGACUUAUCAAGGCUUGGUUUAGAGAGCUCCCAACUGGGGUCCUGGAUUCUCUAUCACCUGAGAAAGUAAUGCAGUGCCAAACAGAGGAAGAUUGUGCUCAGCUUGCAAGGCAUCUACCAUAUACAGAAGCUGCUUUACUAGAUUGGGCCAUCAACCUGAUGGCUGAUGUUGUAAAACAUGAACAUGUAAACAAGAUGAAUGCACGCAACAUAGCCAUGGUUUUUGCACCAAACAUGACUCAGAUGGCAGAUCCUUUGACUGCACUGAUGUAUGCAGUUCAGGUGAUGAACUUUCUUAAGACACUUAUCUUAAGGACACUGCGAGAGAGAGAAGAUUCUGUAUUAGAGCCAACUCCUACUUCACAUCUUGAGCCAUUUGAUGAGAAUGACCACCAGAGUCCUUUACUGUCUUGUGUGGAAGACGCUAAAUAUGACAAUGAAAAGACAGAUGAAGUUUUCGUUGCUGAAGAACCUGUUAUAGAAUCUUCCUACUCUAGUCAAAGCAAUGUCAUAACUAAUGGAGAAUAUCACAGUUCCUCAAUCUCUGCUGAAAAGUUAAUUGCCAAAGAGCUUCAAUCUUGUGAGGCUGCUGCUGAGGUCGAUACAUCUACCAAUGAAACAUAUGCUGUCAUUGUCAAUGAUCUAAAGGCUAGUGUUCAUACAAGUCCAGGAAAAAGCAGUGUUGGUCAAUCAAGCAGUUCAAAUCUCAGUAAGAUAAAUAGGCAGCAAUCCAUACUUCGUCUAGCAGCAUCUGUUGAGAAGACUCGGGGACUUAGCAACUUGAGCUGUAUAGGUUCAAGGACAGAACUUAUUGAAGCUUGGCGAUGAAAGACAGAUCGACAGUUGGGCCCUAAUUGCUUCCGUAAAUAGGUGGCACUAUUUGUUUGAUUUCAACGUUGUGAGAGAAUGUGUGCUUGCUAUGUGCUGACUGGUUUUCUGAUUUUGUGGAUGACACUAUGCUGUGAAACUAACAUCUUAUACUUAAAAAAAUUACAGCUAGUUCCAUUAACAAUGAAAUCAAUUGUUCUUUAGCAUUGUA